GCUCCGCAUUAUUCCUCCCUGACGAUUCUUGGCCUGGCAACUCCCAUUGCGGCCCGCCAGCACCCAAAGCCUAGAUCUCCCAACGCAACCAACUCAACCCCACGGCUCCCUCCCGUCUCUUUCAAGCCUAUCAACGAACAGACAUCGCCACGAUGGCUUCCAGACCAAACAAGAUCCGGCCGAUCCGAAGGCCGAUUAUGAGCAAGGAUAGCAACGAGUUUACGCCAUGUUGGGAGAUUCUCAAAAAUGCCCUGACGGACAUCCACAAUAAGAACGCUAGCCAGCUCUCCUUCGAGCACUUAUAUCGAGCAUCGUAUAAGAUCGUCAUGAAGAAGAAAGGCGAGCUUCUCUACAAUCACGUCAAAGCAUUCGAAGAACAAUGGUUCCGGCACCACGUCCUACCACCCAUCGCCGAGCUCGUGUCGGCGAACCUAAUCAGCAUUGCCUUGCUACAGGUACCGGGCUCGAGCGCCCACGAACGACGGGAGACGGGCGAACGUUUUUUGAGGGGCAUCCGCAGCACAUGGGAAGAUCACAACACAUCCAUGAACAUGGUCGCAGAUAUCCUUAUGUACCUUGAGCGGACCUAUGUCUCCGAGUCCAGGCAGCCCUCAAUAUUCGCGGCGACGAUAGGGCUGUUCAGGGACCACAUUCUACGGAACGACCUGGGCGGAUCCUCGGAGCAGUUGGACCAGCGUUUUCUGAUCUUUGACAUUCUCAACGCCGUUGUGUUGGAUUUGAUCAAUAUGGAAAGAGACGGUGACAUCAUCGAUCGGAAUCUACUUCGGCAGAUCACCUCCAUGCUGGAGGCUUUGUACGAAACGGAUGACGAGCUAGAGAAUACAAAGCUCUAUUUGACCGUUUUCGAGCCCCGGUUUCUCAGCGCAAGCCAGGGGUUCUACAAGGCCGAGUGCGAGAAGCUCCUCCGCGAGGGUAACGCCAGCGCAUGGCUCCGCCACACCCAACGUCGGCUUCGCGAAGAGCAAGAUCGUUGCGACACAUCGCUUUCCAUCCUCACGACUGAUAAGAUCGCCUCGGUCGUUGAACAAGAGCUGAUUGUGGCCAAACUGAACGAUUUUCUUGCCAUGGAGGGAAGCGGCAUGAAAAACAUGAUUGAUCACGACCACCACGAGGACCUCUCCAUACUCUACCAGCUCAUCUGCAGGGUCGACAAGACUAAGAAUGCAUUGAAGACCAUCCUCCAGAGCCGAGUUAUGGAUCUUGGCCUGGAAAUCGAACAAACGCUUAAAAACACAGACUUCUCUGCCCCCGCGCCCGGUGCGGACGCAGAGGAUGCAGCCGAGGGCGAGGAGAAGGCCAAAGUACAACCCUUAAGUGCUGCGGCCCAACAAACGGCAGCGGCAAUCAAGUGGGUUGACGAUGUCCUGCAGCUCAAAGACAAGUUCGACAACCUCUCGAAAAUCUGCUUCAACGAGGAUCUUGUCCUCCAGUCCGCUGUCACGAAGAGCUUUUCCGAGUUUAUCAACAUGUUCAGCAGGAGUUCGGAAUUCGUAUCACUCUUCAUCGACGACAGUCUCAAGCGGGGUCUCAAGGGCAAGUCGGACGAGGACGUAGAGGUUGUCCUGCAAAAAGCGAUCAUCCUUCUCCGGUAUUUAGCGGAUCGCGACCUGUUCGAGCGCUAUCACCAGAAGCACCUUGCUCGAAGGUUGCUCCACAGCAAAUCCGAGAUACAUAUCGAGAAGGAACUCGUCCGCAGGAUGAGGGCCGAGUUGGGUAAUCAUUUCACUCUCAAGUUUGAAGGCAUGUUCAAGGACAUGGAGCUAUCAAAGGACUUGUUGGAAAGCUACCGCGACCACGUCCGCAACCUUGGCGACCCUGAUACCAAAAAGAUCGACCUCGGAAUCCAUGUCCUCACAACCAACAACUGGCCGCCCGAGGUCAUGGGCCGCAGCGCCUCACAAGAAGAAGGCGACAGGGGGGACUGCAUCUUCCCGCCGGCCAUCCAGCGUCUCCAAGCGAGCUUUUCCAAAUACUAUCUUGACGACCGUAACGGCCGUGUUCUCACCUUCGUCGCAUCGGCCGGCACCGCAGACGUAAAAUGCGCGUUCCCCAAGAUCCCCGGCAAAACUAGCGGCCCGCUUAGCAAGGACCGCCGGUACGAGCUCAACGUCUCGACCUACGGCAUGAUCGUCCUUGAUCUCUUCAACAACGGCGAGCUCGAGGACGACGAGCGCCUGUCCUUUGAAGACAUCCAGACCAAAACCAAUAUUCCCACGCAAGACCUCAUACGCACGCUAGGCUCGCUCUCCAUCCCGCCCAGGUCAAGGGUGCUUGUCAAGGAGCCCAUGUCCAAGAGCGUCAAGCCGACCGACAAGUUUGGCUUCAACGCUCAGUUCGUCAGCAAGACGAUCAAGAUAAAGGCGCCUGUCAUCAGCGGCACAUCCAAGGUAGAGGAUGUCGAGCAGCGGAAAGAGACGGAGCGGAAGAACGACCAGACCAGAGCGCACGUCGUGGAUGCCGCGAUUGUGCGCAUCAUGAAGCAACGCAAGGAGCUUUCGCACACGCAGCUCACUACCGAGGUCAUUAGCCAACUGGCUGGGCGGUUCAAGCCCGAGAUCUCCAUGAUCAAGAAGCGGAUUGAAGAUCUACUGACUAGGGAGUACCUUGAACGAAUCGACGGCGAUAUUGCCGCGUACCGGUAUCUGGCGUGAGGCGGGUAUAAAUAAUUGGUUUGGUUUCGAUCUGGGUGACAAGGCUCAACGGGUCCCAGUCCCUCGUCCUGUCGAUCUUACGGUAGCAUAUGGUUGUCAAACCUCUGGUGUCUACAGAGUCGUUUUGGGAUGCUAUUAUGGUAGACAAUACGUGCAUGGAAGGAUAUAUGGCGCGGGUCUUUGAGCUGGGGUGUUGGAGUUAAGGAGUGCAUUGGCGGGGGUCACAGUAGCUGGUGUUCAGGAGGUUUCUUCAAGAGCUCCAGACCCAUGAUAGCAAGGGCUGAAGAUGACACUACUAGCAUAGUGCUACAUCUAAAACAUCCGUAAAGCUUGUAUCGUCCGAUUUGUGCUUUGUUUAGGAUCGAUUGCGAACAAGCUAUUUGACGGAAUCUUGUGUUGCGAGGACAAAGUGGCGAGGGGGAGAGAAGGGGAUUGUUCGGGUUGAAUGACGAGAACUAACUCCGUGUAGCUAUUUAAGCGUGCUUUGUG